AUGUCAACUUUUAACUUGUUCAUCACACUCUUAGUUUUUUUCUUACUUUCUUCUUCUUUCGUUUCUAGUUAUUCUGGGAAUGAUGUUCAACUUUGGUGCAACCAAACCCCAAAUCCUCAACCAUGUGAGUAUUUCUUGACCAAUAGCCCCACUCAACAAAACAAAAAAAUCAACCAAAAAUCUGAUUUUCUCCAACUUUCACUUCAACUUGUUCAAGAACGGGCACUUAUAGCCCAUGCAAACACUCUUUCACUGGCUUCAAAAUGCCGUAAUCCACGUGAAACAGCUGCAUGGACAGAUUGUGUUGAGCUUUAUGAACAAACCAUCCUUAAACUCAACAAAACCUUAGACCCUAACACCAAGAGCUCCCAAGUUGAUACUCAAACAUGGCUCAGCACAGCUCUCACUAACCUUGAGACAUGCAAAGCUGGGUUCUACGAGCUUGGGGUUCAAGACUAUGUUCUCUCUUUCAUGUCCAACAAUGUUACCCAGUUGUUGAGCAACACUUUGGCUCUGAACAAGGUUGAAUAUCAAGAACCAAGUUACAGAGACUGGUUUCCAACAUGGGUGAAGCCAGGUGAUAGGAAAUUGUUGCAGGCUUCUUCUCCAGCUUCUAAGGCCAACGUAGUUGUGGCAAAAGAUGGUUCUGGAAAGUACACAACAGUGAGUGCAGCCAUAAAUGCUGCACCAGUGAGUAGCGGUGGAAGGUAUGUGAUAUAUGUGAAGAGUGGAGUGUACAAUGAACAGGUUGAGAUAAAAGCAAAGAAUAUAAUGUUGGUGGGAGAUGGUAUCGGAAAGACCAUAAUCACAGGUAGCAAAAGUGUGGGAGGAGGCACCACAACCUUUAGUUCAGCCACUGUUGCUGUUGUUGGAGAUGGAUUCAUAGCACAAGACAUCACGUUUAGAAACACUGCUGGUGCAGCAAACCACCAAGCUGUUGCAUUGCGUUCUGGAUCAGACCUAUCUGUAUUCUAUAGAUGCAGUUUUGAAGGUUAUCAAGAUACAUUAUAUGUGUAUUCUGAUAGACAAUUCUAUAGAGAAUGUGACAUAUAUGGCACAGUUGACUUCAUCUUUGGUAAUGCUGCGGUGGUGUUCCAAAACUGUAACUUAUAUGCAAGAAACCCUCCAAACAGAAUCAACACAAUCACUGCUCAAGGAAGAAGCGAUCCAAACCAGAACACUGGCAUUUCCAUUCACAAUUCAAGGGUAACUGCUGCUUCAGAUUUGAGUCCUGUUCAAAGCUCAGUUAAGACGUACCUUGGAAGGCCUUGGAAACAGUAUUCAAGAACAGUUUUCAUGAAGAGUUAUCUGGAUAGUUUGAUCAAUGGAGAGGGUUGGUUGGAAUGGAGUGGUAACUUUGCAUUGAGUAGUUUGUAUUAUGGAGAAUACAUGAACACAGGACCUGGUUCUUCAACAACAAACAGGGUUAAAUGGUUGGGAUAUCAUGCUAUCACAAGUGCUUCUGAAGCCUCACAAUUCAGUGUUGGGAAUUUCAUUGCUGGAAACUCCUGGUUACCUGAAACUACUGUGCCUUUUACCUCUGGUCUUUGA